AUGACUGUUGGUGGACCAAAGAUCAAGCUUUCCAAUGGCCAAGAAAUGCCGCAGGUCGGGCUGGGCACGUGGCAGGCAAGUUCUAAACCAGCAGAGGUAAAAGCAGCCGUGAAAACCGCCAUUGAAAAUGGAUAUCGACUUAUUGAUACAGCUGCCUGUUAUGAAAAUGAGGCUGAAAUAGGCGAAGCUAUCGAAGAGCUAAUCAAGAGUGGAAAGGUCAAGCGUGAAGAGCUAUUUAUAACCACAAAGGUUAGUAGGAUAUUAGGUCGUCCCGAAAGCAAAAUCCUUUUUUAAAC